AUGGCUCGAUACUUUUGCCAAAUUUGUCGCAGAGUACUGACUUACGGUGAGCAUAAUCCUUGCGUAUUUUAUAAGAAUGAUGACAACGUGUAUUCACUGCCAACGACAGGCAAUUCAGAUGAAGAUAAUGAAGAAGCCAAAGACAAAUGUACGGAAAAUUCGAAUGAGAAUUCUUUGUAUUUAAGUCAAUCUUUCCUGCAAAACGAAAAUAAAGAAUCUGAGCUAAUCAAUUUAUCGCUGUAUCAACAUAAUGAAGAAUUUAAGCCGCCGCUUCCUCCAAAAGUAAACAAGUACAGGAUUUCUGCAGAAUGCUCCGACAAUGCACAACUAAGUGAUCCUUGUGAUAUUUCUUAUUUUAAUCCCAAUUCAGAUGCUCAGGCGACGGAAGUGCAAGGGAAAGAAAACACAUCUUUUACAGCUUAUUCAGAAAACAUUGAAUCUGCUCAUAGACCUGAAAUCGUCCAUCGUGAAGCUUAUGAAGAGACGACAGUUUCAGCCGGAUCAAGUGGUUUUCAGAUACAAAAUCAAAGUGCAUCAGGUGUAUCAGACCUGCUCUAUGCAACAACUGAUGAAGAAUAUACAACGUUUCUUGAAAAUAGCAAAUGGCAAACUUUGAAUUACGAUAAAAAAAUUUUUAUUGAUUCUCUAGAAUGUGUCGUCAAAACAGGUCAUUCAGAAAGUAAAAGUAUUUCCGGAAAUGAAAAUUUGAUUUUGAAGAAUGUCUCAGAGAGUGUAAAUCAUAAAAAUAUUUCACCUGAAAUGCAUUCUCAAGGUCACAAUAAUAAUAAGAAGAAAAUAAGUACCGACUUGAAGGAACCUAUCUCUACCAAGGAGGAUGACAAUGCUGUGGCUGGUCCUUCCGGAUUCUGUUCUGGUAAGAAGAAAUUUCCUAAAGACUUCAGUAAGAAAGAUACUCCUAAAACGAAUUAUCGAGCACACACUAGAGAGAAGCGCGAUAUAUGCAAGAAGCAGUUCUCUCAAAAAUCAGGUCUAAACCUACAUUACAUAACCCACACGAGCAAAACGCCUUAUGCAUGUGAUGUAUGCGGAAAAGAAUUUACUCUGAAAACAGAUCGCGACAGACAUCUUCGAACCCAUACCGGUGAGAGACCUUUCGUGUGCUACGUCUGCAAUAAAGGUUUUGCUCAAAAGGGUAAUCUUAAGAAUCAUGUUAGGACUCAUACUGGCGAAAAGCCUUUUGUGUGUGAUGUUUGUAAUAAAGCUUUCGCUCAAAAGGGUACUCUUGAGAAACAUGUUAGGACUCACACUGGCGAAAAACCUUUUGUAUGUGAAGUUUGUAAUGAAGCUUUCGCUCAAAAGGGUAAUCUUAAUACACAUGCUCGUACCCACACUGGAGAAAAGCCUUACAAGUGUCCAUUUUGUGGAAAAGCUUUCACGACCAGCAGCGGUUGUUACAGCCAUCAGAGGAGCGCCCAUAAAUUUGAAAAUGAUUUUCACCAUAUUUAUAAGAUAACACAGCAGGUUGUCACCGGAUCAAAUGGUGUUGACGAGCAGAAACAAAGAAAAUCAGGUGUAUCCGAUUUUAUUCAAACUGGAGAACACUGUAAAGCGAUCCUUGAAAAAUGCAAAUGGAAAUCUUUGGAAAACUCUAAACAUAUUUUUUUGGACUCUGUAGAAUCUGUAGUUCGAAACUCUCGUGCAAAUAAUAACAUUUCUGGAACUGUGAAUUUGAUUGUGAAUCCUAAUCUCAACCUAGGAAGUACGGAACUAAGAAAUGGCAUGAUCCAUGUAUCAGGGAAUAUAGGAAAUCUCCACAGACAUUAUCGAUACCACACCGGUGAUAAUCCUUUUGUGUGCGACGUCUGCAAUAAAGGUUUUGCUCGAAAGGAUAAUCUUAUUAGACAUCGGAGGAUGCAUACUGGAAACACAACAGUGACAUCUCUUUCCCUUUUGCAGUCUAUAAAUGAAUUAGCUAGAAAUCUGUUUUUAAAUACUACUGCUUGGUUUGACGAAGCGAAUGUGAUAGUUGAAGAAAUGAGAGAGUGCUUGAAGUUCAACUGGUUCGAUGGCUGUGAUAAUGAAGGUGCCAUAAUGCAGAGAUGUAUGGAACUCAUUAAAGACAACGAGUUGUGGGCCGGAGUUACAUUUGCUAAUGUGCACAGAAAAGAGCAUCUGCCUCAUUACAUUCAGUACAAAAUUCGUAUAGCCUCCAACACGAUGGACAGCACCAAGAGAAUAAAAGAUAGAUUCCACACCCCAGUAUCCAGAAGAAGACCGGAUAUUGACUUGAAGAACAUUACCUUUGGUUUUGAUUACAUUAAGGACAUGAUUGAGCUUACUAUCAGCAAAGUGCGAACAGGAAGGGAAAUAAGCAUUGCAAUGCAGACUCUCUAUCUAGAUUGCCAUUGCAACAAAAAUGCUGAAUCUUGUUUCAGACUUGAAAAUGAUUUUCCCGAAGCUUAUAACCUUUCUCCAGCUGACAUAGAAUCAACUGGUGUGGACGAGGAAAGGCAAAGAAUAUCAGGUGUAUCUGAUCUCAUCUAUGCGACAGGAAGUAAUGAACCAGAAAAGGGCAAGAUACAAGUCUCGGAAGUACUGACUUACGGUGAGCAUAAUCCUUGCGUAUUUUAUAAGAAUGAUGACAACGUGUAUUCACUGCCAACGACAGGAAAUUCAGAUGAAGAUAAUGAAGAAGCCAAAGACAAAUGUACGGAAAAUUCGAAUGAGAAUUCUUUGUAUUUAAGUCAGUCUUUGCAUAAAAAGGAAAAUAAAGAAUCUGAGCUGAUUAAUUUAUCGCUGUAUCAACAGAAUGAAGAAUUUAAGCCGCUUCCUCCAAAAGUAAACAAGUACAGGAUAUCUGCAGAGUGCUCCGACAAUGCACAACUAAGUGAUCCUUGUAAUAUUUCUUAUUUUAAUUCCAUUUCAGAUGCUCAGGCGACGGAAGUGCAAGGCCAAGAAAACACAUCUUUUACAGCUUCUUCAGAAAACAUUGAAUCUGCUCAUAGACCUGAAAUCGUCUAUCGUGAAGCUUAUGAAGAGACGACAGUUUCAGCCGGAUCAAGUGGAUUUCAGAUACAAAAUCAAAGUGCAUCAGGUGUAUCAGACCUGCUCUAUGCAACAACUGAUGAAGAAUAUACAACAUUUCUUGAAAAUAGCAAAUGGCAAACUUUGAAUUACGAUAAAAAAAUUUUUAUUGAUUCUCUAGAAUGUGUCGUCAAAACAGGUCAUUCAGAAAGUAAAAGUAUUUCCGGAAAUGAAAAUUUGAUUUUGAAGAAUGUCUCAGAGAGUGUAAAUCAUAAAAAUAUUUCACCUGAAAUGCAUUCUCAAGGUCACAAUAAUAAUAAGAAGAAAAUAAGUACCGACUUGAAGGAACCUAUCUCUACCAAGGAGGAUGACAAUGCUGUGGCUGGUCCUUCCGGAUUCUGUUCUGGUAAGAAGAAAUUUCCUAAAGACUUCAGUAAGAAAGAUACUCCUAAAACGAAUUAUCGAGCACACACUAGAGAGAAGCGCGAUAUAUGCAAGAAGCAGUUCUCUCAAAAAUCAGGUCUAAACCUACAUUACAUAACCCACACGAGCAAAACGCCUUAUGCAUGUGAUGUAUGCGGAAAAGAAUUUACUCUGAAAACAGAUCGCGACAGACAUCUUCGAACCCAUACCGGUGAGAGACCUUUCGUGUGCUACGUCUGCAAUAAAGCUUUUGCUCUAAAGUUUAAUCUUAAGAAUCAUGUUAGGACUCACACUGGCGAAAAGCCUUUUGUAUGUGAUGUUUGCAAUAAAGCUUUCGCUCGAAAGGGUAAUCUUAAAACACAUGCUCGUACCCACACUGGAGAAAAGCCUUACAAGUGUCCAUUUUGUGGAAAAUCUUUCACGACCAGCAGCCAUUGUAAUAUCCAUCAGAGGAGCGCGCAUAAGCGAAAUUAACUUGUAAACUACCGAAAUAAUUCUUUUAAUCUUGUAUGGAACUAUUUUACAUUCUUAGCCGAAUUGAAACAGUUUUAAUAUGUGAGGACACACGGGGGAGAAAAACCUUAUUAAUGUCCAGAUUGUGAAAUGACAUUCGCGCACAGCAGCGAUUGUAAAAAGCAUCACAGAAGACAGCACGAGUGAAAGUAAUCAGCAAAUUACAGAAAUAAUUAUUUUACACUUCCAUGAUUUUUUUUUACAUUCUUUAUCGAAAUUUUAUCGAAUUAAGG